AUGGAAAAACUAUUCAGGAACCAAAAGUUGAAUGUUGGUGUAAGAACUGUGAGGUGGCGUGAGGAGGUACUGUUCUAUGCAAAAGAUGUAGCAGAAUCUCUAGGGUACGCUAUCCAAAAAAGGCGAUUCAGAAGUUAGUUAGGAAACAAAAUAAGGUAAGCGUAUAUGAGUUACGCAAGGGGGGCGAUUCGCCCCUCUUCGAGAAAUGUCACCCACAGACAAUUUUGCUGUACGAACCUGGUUUGUACCAACUAAUAUGUAGCUCAAGGCUUCCAAUAGCAGAGGACUUCCAGGACUGGGUAUUCAAGGAAGUCCUUCCAUCUAUCCGCAAAACGGGCUCAUAUGAAUUACCGGAUAGAAGGUCACUCAGAUAUAACCAGAUGAUUCUUAUAAAUGAAACAGACCUUCAUCAUACUAUUGUGAGUUACAUCAGAGAUAACCACCCCACAGCUGUAAUAAUACCUGGCCUAGGUGAGUAUCAGGACACUGUGGCAAAAAGAUGUGACGCCUGGAAGAAGGGAUAUAAAGGUGGCCAGCCUGAUCUUAUUAUAGAGAAUCCUAUGGGAAAGUAUAAAGGAUUCGCCAUUGAAUUUAAGUCUCCUAAGGGCACUGGGAUUACAAGUGAGAAGCAGGGAGUAUGGCUUGAAAGACUGAGGGAAAUAGGAUACGCAACAAUGAUAUCGGACGACCUAGUGAAAACUUGUAUUAGAAUUAACGAGUACUUCUCACUCAAAAAAGUGAGAAGAAAAGCUGCAGUGAAAAAUAUAGUUUGCGAUGUAAAGCUGUACAGGCCAAGGUUCAAAUCAGGCAAGUACUAG